AUCAUCGGAGCAAACUGUGUUGUUUUCGUCCUGUGGCAGAAUAGGAAUCUGCAGUAUAUGAUGUGGAAUCAUUUCACAGUCUCAACAUCGGGAGUACUUCAAGACUUCAAGUUGCACACAUUGUUUACUGCCAUCUUCUCUCAUCCUCACUUCUGGCACCUUGUAGCCAACAUGGUAACCCUUUGGUUCUUCGGAGCAGAAUGCUUGACGUUCUUGGGCGCGCAGCGCUUUCUGCAGCUCUACCUUGCAGGAGGACUCACUUCCAGCAUCUGUCAUGUCCUGUGGCCAACAGUCGCUCCCAAGACCCACAGAGCAGCCGAACGGAGGCCACAAUUCUCGGCGACAGGAGCAGUGAACGCGAUGGUCGCCUACAGCAUCCUCACGCUGCCGCAGCGAACCGUCCUCCUCUACUUCGUCAUCCCCAUCCCCGCCUCGGUGAAGCAUGCAGGCCUCUUGUUG